AUUCAAUAUGGCGGACGAGGGAAAGCUUCUUUGAGGUAUAGUUCUGUCUGAUUUUCCUAAAGUUAUAGAAUAAUCACUGCCACAGAGAGAUUCACCUUCCAAGAAAGAUGCACCGCUUUUGUAUGUUGGCAACGAUCGCGAGGAGACUAAGCAACUAUCCAGAAUACGUUUUCGUUGCUUCGAAUUCCAUGCGCAAGCUAUCAACGCCGCAGUCUAUGAAGUGCUUGCCAAGAAGACAAAUUAGCUGCUCUAGAAUUUUAAGCAGCAAUUCAGACAAGGAGCUAUGUGAGGAAAAGGAUUACGAUGAGAGGCUGGCCAAAAUUAGAGCAGAAGAUGCAGAGAGCAGUAAACUUGUACAUGUGAAUUUAACACCUAGCAAGGUCAAAGUUUCUCCAUUAUCUAUGUCUAAACACGUCGUUUCAUUUGAGAAAGCGGCCUCCUUAGGGAAAACUAAAGAGAACUUUGUGGGAGUGAUUGAUAAUUUUCUCGCCAGAAACCGGACCAGGAGGGGGCAUAUGGAAUUUCUCAAGACAGCUAUGAAUUACGUGGAGGAAUUUGAUCUAGGGAAGGACGUUGAAGUAUACAACAGAAUGCUAGACGUGUUUCCCAGGGGUAGAUUUGACAACAGAACUCUAUUUGAUGCUAUCUGGGCAAAGAAGCAUCCUCAAGCUGAGCUGGCAUUAGACAUCUUGACGCUUAUGGAAGACAACUGGAUCUCACCUGAUGAAACCACUUACGAUAUUGUACAUGAAAUUUUUGGCCAUGCAAGUCAACCUUUGCAAAAGUGUAAGCGGCUUGUGUAUUGGUAUCGUAAAAUGGAGGAAAUGUUUCCUAAUCCUUACCCAAAAGUUCUACCUGAAAGUGAUGCAGAGUUGAGCAAGCUUGCUCUGGUCAGAAUGACUAAAGAUGAGCAGAUUAUCACCAUCUACAAGGUAACCAAAUCAAGAGAUUUUAAAAUUAAGAUUCAAUAUAAACCCACAGCAUUUGGCAAAAUCAGUCAAUAUAUGGUAUUUGCAUAGUAACUUUGAAAAAAUUCCCCUGACUCCAAGACAGUGCCCUGUUUUCCCCCACCCCCACCAUUAAUUAAUUAAUUUGAUAUACAAUUCCUGCAGAAAACAUCAGGAAAAUAUUGUUCAGUUUCCUUAUAGGAUUGGUCAAAGGCAACAUAUAGGAAUGAAUUUAAUGGUAUCCUCUAUGAGAGUGCUAGGUGUCCAACUGGCAAGAUAUUCCUAUUGAUGACACAGGCAUGAAUUGUAACUUAUAACCUAGCUUGCCUCAAUUCCUUUAGACUUUGCUGUCAUGAUCCCUCUCAUGGAUAGCAAUGUUAUCUUCAAAGUGUUCUUGCCUCAAAUUAAUUGAGGUCAUAAAAUAAUAAAAUCGUGACAGUAGGGUCUGACACAGGAUCAGCAAUUUGUUGUUUCAAUAGAUGAUGCAACCUCAGCACACAAGAAUCCACAAUAACCUAUGACUUGUUGGUUAUCUGUUGACCAACAGUCAGCCAACAAGGUUUCUCUUGGAGCUCUUCUUCACAAUAACCAUAAUCUCUUGUUUCAUACAGUCAGAAUAAAAUCCAUUAAUUAUCUCACAUUGUCCCAUUUAUAAGAGACAGGGGAAAAACAGGCAUGUAAAGAAAGAUUAGUUUAUAUUUCUAUUGGGAUGGUGCUUUUAUUGUACAUAAAGGAGAAAAACAAUAGACAAUGAGAACCAAGAGAAGUUAUGCAUUAGCAAGUAAAAAUAUUAUUUGUGUGUUAGUUACUGUCCCUGAUUAUUUCCAGAAUAAUGCUGAUGGUGAAGGCCAAGAGUUCCUGGUUGGUGCUCAGACUGAGCAGCAGAAGAACAUUUUAGAAGGUUACAACUCACACAAACCAAUGUAUGUAGAAGGACCUUUCUUCAUUUGGGUUCGUCGCCUUCAAAGAUACUUCUUCACACUGAGAACUGAUGCUGAGUUUGAUGAGGAGAAUGGGGAAGGUGGGUCAGGAGUACUGAAUCAGCAAUUUGUUUUCUUUUUGUCAAUAUGUAUUUUCCUUGUAAAGCUCAGCUUCAAUUGAAGGAUAGUGUUGGUUUGUCACUCACUGGAGGAAACAAGUUUUAAAAAAAGAAUGCGACAAGAGAUUGCUGCUGGCUUUGAAGCAAAAUUUGGUAUUUUGGGGAAUUGUUUGCUUUCCUGCUUGGAAGAGGUUGUCACCAAAAUUGGGACAUUAUACUCUGAUGAGUAAUAGACUAAAAUAAUCAUAGCAUGGGAAUGUCUUACCAAUCUACUUGUCGUACUUGAUCCUCUGACCCCCAAGAUCCUAUUGUUUUAAAAUUCUCGUCUCCAGUUGUUCAACAUUUCCUUGUAAAUUAUUUAGGAGAAUUCAGUGUUAGAUCAAGAUAACAACUUUAAUCUGAUAUGUUUGAGUAUUAUCCUUACCUGUUUGCUGAGUAAUGUAUGGAUUUUGUUAUAGUAAUGAAAAGGGUUGACUGAAUUGUUUUUUUUUUUUCUUUUAGGUCAAAUUGUUGCAGUCUGCAUGAGUCAUGCUAAUGCCAGUGAAGAUCUGCUGAGAUCAUGGAUAACUAAUCUUCAAAGUGAAAAUCCUCAGUUAGCAAACAUCAGUGUCAUCUUUAACCUUAACCAAACACCAAGAUAACAAUUAACCCUUUAACCCCUAAGCGUGAUUGGUAUCUAAUUUCUCCUUACCAUAUCACCCUUGAAUCAAACAUGAAGGUCACAAGAAAAAAGGAAAUGAUCACCAACUAAAGAAGCUCUUGAUUGUUAGACAAAUUCUCCUUGUCAGCACCUUGGGAAAUGUUCAGAGAACAGUAUGGAGAAUAUGUUUACUGGUGUUAGGGAGUAAAGGGUUAAAAGGAAUAGAUCUUGUACUUGUGGGGGUUGAAAAGAACCUCAAGUUGAAGUUAUUCUAAACAAGGUUGAUGUUUAUCUUUCUUUGUUUAAUAAUGAUGGAAAUUCUUCUGGAACAAAGGUGAAUACAUAUUGAACUGGUUAAAAAUAUUUGACCAAGUUUCAUUUCAAGCCACAACAUACACGUCAAAUUGUCACCCAGGUUUUGGCGUCUUUUUAAAGCCUUAAAGAAUUAGGACAAGUGGUCAGUGUUUUGGAGAAGUAUGAACAUAAUCGACUAUUUUUUUUUCCGUUUUUUCCUUUUUUUUUUGUGCUCCGG